AUGUCGACCUCCCAGUCCGAUGCAAAGCAUGACGGGUUUUCCAAGGUGUUAAGUCGCAUGAAGACUGUUUUGAGGAGAGAUCCGUCAACCAAGGCUACUCCAGCCGUCGCAAGAGAAACGCCGGCCCAGGUUCAACCCGAGUCUAGCAAAGCACCCACUCAAUCGAAGCCCACAGUCGAACCGACCGAAACCGCCCCCGAACCGAUCACACUGUCCAAUUGGGGCGCAAUUCAGGAGGAGAAGGCGCGCGCGCUCUUCGCCAAAUAUGGAUUGACAUUGGAGCCGGGGGAGUGGAAGGCCGCGAGGGAUGUACCUGUUCAACGUGUUGUCAAGCCCAUUCGCAUGCGUGUCCGGCGUACCUGCCAUCGCUGCCAGACCACCUACGGCCCCGAUAGGGUUUGCGUCAACUGUCAGCACGUCCGCUGCAAGAAGUGCCCGCGAUACCCCGCACCGAAACCAAAGGACGAGCAGGAGCGAACCGAGACCGCGCUCCAGACCAUACUGGCCCAGAAGGCUCAGCCCGUGCAACCGAAGCCGAGAGAACACCAAUUAACGUUGCCCUCGAGAACCGGCGGUCAGGAUCUUAUCCGCAAGCCGAUCCGGCAGCGAGUGCGACGAACGUGUCACAGAUGUAAUACGCUUUUUGCUCCUCAUGCCACGGAAUGCGCCAGCUGCAGGCAUCUCCGAUGCAAGAUCUGUCCCCGCGAUCCGGCAAAACAUGACAAAUACCCCGACGGCUACCCUGGAGACGCAGAACCGCCGUUUGAACCACCAGCUCGGACUUGGAAGAAGCCGCGCCAAAGGGUCCGGUAUACCUGCCACGAGUGCUCCACCGUCUAUCGGUCGGGCCAGAAGAACUGUGCCAACUGCGGGCAGGAAAAGUGUGCCGAAACUAUACGAGAUCCGUGCGUCCCUCUCCCAGCGAACAUGUACACUUUCGGAUUCUAA